AUGAAUGACAUUCCUACAUUCAAUGCUUUUGCUAUCUCUGGUAAUUGGUCGGGAUCUAAUGACAUGUCUCUGCCAGAAACCACGCAAGGGCUCGAUUACAUGCUCAAGACAUAUAUCACAUCCGAAGCGAUGAAAGCAAACUCGUGGUUAGGUAUUCCAGGAAAAAUAGUCAAUGAAUCAGCGUGGGCAGCCGGAAAAUGGGAUGGGCAGUGGCCAGGAGGGGCUGCUGGAUGGGGAAAACCCGAUGGAUCGCUGAAUAGUGGCACUUUUCGGAGUACAGUGACGGGUCGACUCUACGUUCUGUACUAUAAGCAAGGUGACAGUCCUGGUCACGGGGUCACUCCAACGACUGCGGUGCAAAGAAUCAAUGCUUAUGGCUGGGCCAACCUAGAAACCCUGUUUGACGGAUCCUACAACUGUACAGCUUCUGGGAAGGCGGGAGGUAGCGACAUCAUUCAGGUCAAUACUGAUGUAACACCGGACUCAUCGCACGUCGACAUCGAUAUGCUUGAAAAGGUUUUCCCGAGUGCUCAUUUAGAGACUGUUCGAACGGCUAGAGCACGCAGUCUGGUGCACAAGACGGGUCAUGCGUGA